AUGACCGCUCUUCCUCCUCAACCUGAUCCCAUCUCCUCGCCAUCUCACUCCUCACGCUCACCCCCUUUGUCUUCGAAACACGUAGCAGCUCCAGAUCGCCCCGAAUCCCUCGAAUCCCUUCUCAUUGACGACUCUCUAUCAGCCAAAGACUCGAGUCCCCUAAAAUCGGUGGCAGGAUCGUCAUCAGGAACAACAAAAGUCUCUACAUCGCGGAACUCCGGUCUGGGUGGAGGAAAUCAAACGAUAGCUGGCCCGUCUCGUGAAACCGGCGCGAGGUCUUUCAACGGCGACGAGGAAAGCGAGAGCGACUGGGAUAUAGAAAUGGAACCUAUUGCAGGCCACCGUCGACGGCGAAGUAGCCACAACAUGGCUGGUCGGCCAGCUGGAUCACCCAGCCGAACCCGUGUCACAAGCCGUGGUCCCGCACCCACUGGCUCGAUAGAAGAACCCAAGAUAUCGGAAGAAGAUUUGGAUGCGAACGGCUUUGCGAUCCAGAAGGAUGAAUCCGCCGAUGACAGCUUGAGCGAUGAAGACCUCCAAGACGACGAAGAAACAGGAUUGACCCGUAAAGACAAGCAGAGGCGGCAGAAGAAGCGUAGCAGAAAUACCCAGCUGGAUCAGCGGAUCGUCAGGGACAAUAAGGCUAUAUCAAAAGAGGAGCGCAAAGAAGCAGACAAGACCGUCUUCAAGAGCUUGAUGGUAAACGUUGUGUUGAUUCUUUUGUGGUACCUCUUUUCGUUAUCAAUAUCGAUUUACAACAAGUGGAUGUUUGAUCAUGAACGGCUGAACUUUGCAUUUCCUUUGUUUACGACGUCUAUGCACAUGGUGGUUCAAUUUAUCCUCUCAGGUCUCGUUUUGUACUUCGUGCCCUCAUUGAGACCCGGACACGGGGUUCAUCUGUCAGAUAUGGGCAGGUCGAGACAUGAUGACGAGCCCAAAUCUUACGGCAUGACCAAGAUGUUUUACCUCACUCGAAUUGGACCUUGUGGUGCAGCUACAGGCCUAGAUAUUGGACUUGGCAAUACCUCUCUCAAGUUCAUUAGCCUUACAUUUUACACCAUGUGUAAAUCCUCCUCACUAGCUUUCGUUCUCAUGUUUGCAUUUGCUUUCCGCCUCGAAACCCCAACAUGGCGUCUUGUCGCCAUCAUUGCUACCAUGACGCUCGGUGUCGUGCUCAUGGUGUUUGGUGAAGUUGAAUUCAAGGUGGGAGGCUUCGCCCUCGUCAUCUCAGCUGCCUUUUUCUCUGGCUUUCGCUGGGGAUUGACCCAGAUCCUGCUCCUCCGCAACCCUGCGACAUCAAACCCAUUUUCUAGCAUCUUCUUCCUUACUCCAGUCAUGUUCCUCGUGCUUAUCUGCCUUGCGGUGCCCGUCGAAGGAGUCGGAGCUCUCAUUGAAGGCUACAAAGUUCUCGGUGAUGAAUGGGGUUAUUUCAUGGCGCCCCUUUUCUUGCUUUUCCCCGGUUGCAUCGCCUUCUGCAUGACGGCAUCCGAAUUCGCUCUGCUGCAGCGCACUUCCGUCGUCACACUUUCCAUUGCUGGCAUCUUCAAGGAGGUUGUUACUAUUAGUGCGGCUGCUCUUGUCUUUGGUGACCGCCUCACACCCAUCAACUUUGUUGGUCUACUCACGACCAUGGCCGCUAUCGCUGCCUACAACUACAUUAAAAUCACAAAGAUGAGGCAGGAGGCGCAAGAAAGUGUUCAUAUUCGGCAUGCGCAUGACGAUGACGCGCCAGAUUCCCCGACGAGUCAGACUAGCGGAAUCAUAGACCGCGAUGGGGAUACAGACGCGGAAAAUACUGGUCUGCUCCGUGACAGCAUCGACGGCUUGGAUCUUGAUGUACAACCCCAUGCUCCAGCUAAUGAGCGUCGCUGA